AUGGACGGAAGGAUAAAGGCCGCAAGAACAACCCUUCUUCUGGCAGUAUGGGGCAGAUGGGAGGCAUCCCCUAAUUCUAUUGACAAGCCACGUCAUACGACGUCUCUCACACCAAUCGACAUGCCUAUGAUGAGAGGAGUUACAGGCUCCAACAGUCAAGGUGCCAUUACUCAACAAAUUGGCAUGGCUAAUCCUCUAGCAGACUUGGUCGGGGAUUAUUUUUUUGAUGGUGGAGAUGCAGAGUUGAUGGUGCCAAAUACACCGGUUGUGCCACACAGGCCACCGACGCCACAUGGCUCCACCUCCAGAGGUAUUUCGGGCGGUCAAGACUCGAAUGUCGAUGAUUUUGAUGACUCAUCGUUGCCCAUUAUCCACAAGAACGGGGAUAAGUUUGAUGAUCAUUCUAUCCACAGCGCGAUUAUGAAUCUCUUUUGGCAGAGUAUGGAUGAUGUAUGGCCUACAUAUAAGAGCAUCACAGAAAAGACUCGUAGAUAG